UGUCCUGAUUCGUGGGAAAAUGAAAACUAAAGUGUUUGAGCUCCUGAAGUUUUUUGCGCUGGUUCGUGAACCGUUUGUUACUUUUUCUGUUUGUUUUUGUUACUAGAUCAAAUGGAGUCCAGCGUAAAAUAGCAGAAAGCGCUUUAUAACUUCGUUUCAGUGGGCCUCCACCAGGCUGAAGGAACCUCCACUGAAAUGUCCAGUCUGAACUGGAAGCCGUUUGUUUAUGGAGGAAUGGCAUCGAUUGUUGCAGAAUUCGGUACAUUUCCUAUCGAUCUGACCAAAACCCGACUCCAGGUCCAAGGCCAGUCCCAGUGCAUGGAGGUCCGCUACAGAGGGAUGUUCCACGCCCUUCUCAGGAUCGGACAGGAAGAAGGCAUCAGGGCCUUGUAUUCUGGGAUCUCACCAGCUCUGCUGAGGCAGGCGUCUUACGGGACGAUUAAAAUCGGGACGUACAACACGCUGAAGAAAUUAUUCGUCAGUCGUCCCGAGGAUGAGACGAUGGUCAUCAACGUGUUCUGCGGCGUCGUCUCGGGAGUCCUGUCCUCCUCUUUAGCAAACCCUACAGACGUGCUGAAGAUUCGCAUGCAGGCUCAGGGCAGUUUACUGCAAGGCAGCAUGAUGGCCAACUUCAUCAACAUUUACCAGACAGAGGGCACACGAGGACUCUGGAGGGGCGUCAUCCCGACGGCACAGAGAGCCGCCAUCGUGGUCGGCGUCGAGCUUCCGGUCUACGACAUCACAAAGAAGCACUUGAUUGCUUCUGGGAUUAUGGGAGACACGGUUCUGACUCAUUUCAUUUCCAGUUUUGCGUGCGGUCUAGCAGGAGCGCUCGCGUCCAACCCUGUGGACGUGGUGAGGACGCGGAUGAUGAACCAGCGCGUGUUGUCUGGGAAUUUUCUGUACAAAGGCACGCUGGACGGACUCAUGCAGACAUGGAGGAACGAAGGUUUCUUCGCUCUGUACAAGGGCUUCUGGCCCAACUGGCUGCGCCUCGGACCUUGGAACAUCAUCUUCUUCAUCACCUACGAGCAGCUGAAGAAGCUUCCAUUAUAGUCGAGUUCCUGACGCUGACAUGACACUCCACCGGGUGAAAGUGUGUGUGUGUGUGUGUGUGUGUGUGAGACAGGAAGCAAGCGAGCACCACUUCCUGUUUUCAUCCCGUCGUUCUCAGUCCCUCCUUGUAGCACGUAAACUUGAUUUAUAUAUUUUACUGUGUGUUUGUUUUUUUGUUUUUUUCCCCCUUGUAUUUAAAUCUUUUUAUGAGUUUGCACCAUGAUUUUACACCUAAAGCCUUGCUUUAUCUAUCAAUCAUGGCAGCUAAAUUUUAGGUCAGCUCAAAGACAGGAUGGAACGUUACGUCAGAUUGUCGCGACGUCCAGACGACAGAACGCGCACAAGGUCACUGGAAGUCGCUUCGCUUCAAUCCACAGCAGCCUUGCGCUCGUUCACCGACCGUCUCGGUCCAAACGCGUCUCUCUUCGCCUUAGUCAGUCAGUCAGUCAGUCAGUCAGUCAGGGUCUGCGGCUUUAGUAGAGUUGCUAGCGAUAGUGUAGAUUGUGUAGCAGGCGCGUGAGAGAAGCGUUUGAAGCCGAACGCACUCGGGAUUGUGUUUAUAACGAGCGCCGUGUCCGGAUUAGCUUUACUGGAGCACCUUUAUAUGACGUGUAGGUCAGCCUGCUCUGAAUGUUACUGUCAGCAAGUCUAGGUUAAUUCAGCAACAUUUUGUGUGAGAACACGUGGAAUUCAGCACUCCUUCUUUAUCAUUUAUGUUGCCAAAUGUUGCUCAGCCCAAACGGCAGGUUUGUUUCUAUUAAUAAUCUCACUGCAGAGGAAGAUGUGUAGAAAACGCACAGAACCGAAAGCACUUCUGUCCUGCAGGGUUCCCUUUUAUUGCUCUGUGUGUGUGUGUGUGUGUGUGUGUGUGUGUGUGUGUGUGCGCACGCGCGCGGACGUGUGGGUGUGUUUGUAUACGAGCAUGUGUGGAAUUGUAUUAUAUUUUGUGUAGCUGUGAUAAACUGUACAUUAUGCUGCUGUACAUUAGAAAGUGUUACGCUCAGCUUCUUUAUUUCUUUUUUUUCUCCAAAUUCUGACCUGUCAAAGUGUACUGUAAAAAAAAACAUUUUAAAAUGUGACAUCGGUACUGUUCUGCAUUAUUUUUCUGUUUUCAACAUUGUUCAGGAUCCGAAAUGCGAGAGUGCAAACCUUCGUGAUACCGAAACCAUGUGUAUGGAUUUGUUUCUCUAGUCCAUCAUCUAUUAUUAUUAUUAUUAUUAUUAUUAUUAUUAUUAUUAUUAUUAUUAUUAUUAAUGCUAUAAGCAAGUUUUGUGUUUUUGUGCCUGCACACACACGUGGUCGGUCUGCCUGCCUGUUGUAGAGGUUUUUAGGAAACAACCACACGUUUGUUGUAACAAUUUUGCAUGAGAGCUUUUUGCUACUAACUUUUCACGCCCGUGUGCUGCAUCGCCGUACAGAAUCUUCCUAAGCGACCGUUCAGUGCGAUUUUAGAUGCGAGUGUGUUACAUGGAAGUUCUGUUAAGAGCCUUGUUUGUGUAAUUAUCUAGUCAGCCAAUCACAUGAGAGCAGAUACAAGACCAGAGACUUGGUUAAUGUUAACACGCACAAAAAAAAAAAGAUAUAAAUGUGACUUUUGGCAGUAUAAUGUGGUGUUGAUGUUUUUGCCAACAACAGCCACGGGUUUAAACUGCCUCAGACAGAAAGGGUACGGUGACUUUAAAGAAAUAAUCACAUUUGAGAUGCUUUUCUGCUCACCACAGAUGUAAACAGCGGUUAUUUGAGUUACUUCCUGUCACCUCGACGCAAUCUGGUUAGUCUCCAAUGUCCUCUUCUCCACACACAACUGGAACUGUUCUGCAGUGUAAGAUGGUUUUGUUUUAAACUCUUUUGGCUGAUGAGAUGAUUUCAUGAAUGAGCAGUUUGAAUGGUGUUCCAGGUCCUAAUGUUUCAGCUCACUUCAGUUAUGUGCUCGUGUUCUGUUCUGUUAUCCUGAAUGUUAGGUUUGGCCUCAAAACAUCGCCUGGUUAUGGUAAUGCCUGGAUUAUGUCAUGACUUGCCUCAAGUCUAUCUUCAUGAGCUCGAGCGAUCGACACAUGCGAUCAUCUCAAACACAAAUCGUUACAUCACGCCUGCUUUCAGGUUUCAGCCAAGACCCAUGUGCCAUUUCACAAUUUUUUUUUAAAUCUUUUCACUUGAUUUAUUAGUCAGAUUAUUUUAUUUUAUUUUUUUUAAAGGUUUUCUUUUGGUCUGUAAAAUGUUUAUAUUCUUUUUAAUGUGCACUGUUUGCUUUUGGAAUCGUGUCGUGUUUGGAAAAAUGUUCAAAACCAAAUUUAUUAUUAUUAUUAUUUUUUAAAUCUAGAUUGUGUUUAUUUAUAUAUAAAUUGAAAACCUUUUUGGAACGUUGCCGUGUAUUUACAUCUGCGAAGAUGCAGCCGAUGACGGUCAUAUCGAUGUGUUGCUUUCAUCGUUGCUCCCCCCCCCUUUUUACGAGCAUGUUUCAUGGAUCUCGAAAGGAAAGCAGUCAUCACAAACCCUUGCAUGGAGAAGAUUAACACAGCACAUUUGACAUGAUCAGCUCUUUGCUUUCUGCUUUCUGCCUUGCUGGAUGCUUCUCAAUACCACGUACUCAAAAAAAAUCCGACACGUGUCCUUCUGAGGUCUUCAAUCAUUUUUGGUUCUAAUGGUGAACAUGUUAUUACUUAACCUUAUUUGUUGCAGUAAUAAAUCUAUUAUGUGGCUGGUUUUGCGUUGUAUGAUAUAAAUGUGCAUCUGACAAUAAAACAAAAUCCUGGAGAA